AUGGACUAUCGGAAACUUAACAGUGCUACUUGCAAGGACCACUUCCCUAUGCCUUUUAUUGAUCAAAUGCUUGAUCGGCUAGCAGGGAGGUCAUUUUAUUGUUUCCUUGAUGGUUACUCCGGCUAUAAUCAAAUCAACAUCGCUUUGGAAGAUCAAAAGAAAACUACGUUCACUUGCCCGUAUGGCACUUUUGGUUUUAGCCGGAUGCCAUUUGGCUUGUGCAAUGCUCCGACCACUUUCCAAAGGUGUAUGAUGUCCAUCUUCUCCGACAUGGUUGAGGACUUUCUUGAAGUCUUCAUGGAUGAUUUCUCGGUGGUUGGUGAUUCGUUUGAGCAUUGUCUUAACAAUCUUAGACAAGUGCUUAAGUGA